UCCCAAAUCAAAGCACCACGUGUCCCUCCUUUCGAUAAUAUAGCGACGCGUACGUAUCACCUAUUGGCUGAAACAAUGCCCUAAUAUAAAAAGCUAAUUUGUCUCAAAUAUUAUUCAGUGCGUGGGGUCCAUUUAAAUAUUUAAUCUGUGAACCAAUCAUCUUUUUUCACUGUUUCAGAAGAAGUUGCCCUAGACACGUGGUGCUUGUGUACCCUAGCCACCGUGAAACGUUAUGAUUAUCGUCAGUUUGCUCUCUCUCUCAGAACUUUGUAUUUGUUUUUCUAGAGAGAGAGAGAGAGUGAGAGAGUGAUAGUUUGCUUUUCCGGUGGCGGUUGAGCUGUCAUGGAUGGAAGCGAUCGGUGGCGCGUGGUUUCUUGCUCUCAGGAAAAAACGAUAAUCAAUCCGAUAAUGCUUAGAUUCCGUCCGAUUGCACCGAAACCGGUGGGGAACGGAUCAGGCUUUUCCGACUGUUGGAAUAAGAAUAGUUUGGUUAUGAGUAAUGUUAGGACUAAGAGAAAGUAUGUUAAGGUUAAAAAGAGGACUGAAUUUAACUACAAACGAAGAAGAGACAAAAAUAAAUCAGUUUCAUCGUCAGAUCUUGAAAAGGAAGAUGAUCGGACGGAGGAGAAGCUUUUUACGCUACAGUUACUACCGGAGAAAAUCGUUGAUGACGAAGUUAAGGAUUCGUCAGGAUCUUCCGGUAGCAGUGCGGUGGUUAUAAGCAAAGAUUAUCAUGAAAAGUCAGAUCUAACGGCGGUAACUUCGUUUAACUACUUGAGCAACAAACAGAGGAACGGAGAAGCAGAUCGGAGGGUUUUGGAAACGGUGGUGACGGUAGAAAGCGUGACAGACACGUGCAUGGAUGAGUUGGUGUUAGGGGUGGGAAGUACGGACGUGGAGAGAAUGAAGAAUCUAGAGAAGGACACGUGUCCAGGGUUUAUAUCGGACGGUUCAAACAGAGUAGAGUGGGUUAAUGAAGCGUACAAGAAGAUGAUAAUGACUGGGAAUGAAGGAGAACAGAAUAUUUCAGCAGUGAGGUUGGUGAUAAAAGAGAAGGUACUGCCACAUCUGAAUAACCGGGCAGCAUUUACAUGCUGGGUCAGGUUACAGUACACGUGGCGGACGGAGAAGAAUAUACAGAUGGUACCGUGUGAUGUGUGGAAGAUGAGCUUCGGCGGAUUUGCAUGGAGGCUGGACGUUAAAGCAGCUCUGAGCUUGGGUGUCUAUAAAUCAUGAACAUGGAGAAAUUAAUUCCAUUCCAUGUCAGAAGGGGCGGAUUUUUGGCGCUCGUGGAAUGAUUUGAUAUGACAAUUUUAACAUACGCUGCCUAGCACAUAUACCAUUUGAACUUUAUAGUUCAUUGGCAUUUUUGGAAGUUUUUCAAACUUUAGUGUUUGUUGAAAGAUUUCAAUUAUUGAAAACAAACAAAAUAUAUUUUAUAUAUCAACAUAACUAUAUAUAGAUGGAGACAUUUUGAAAAAGUAGUUUCUUAAUUAUAUUAUUUAAAAAAUGAUUUAUAGUUAACCUAUAUUUAGCAUUGAUAAGAUAAUAUAAACUAUAACAUAGAAUUGAGAAACCCUUAUAAGAAAAAAAAGAAUUAUUUAAAAAAAAUUAUAAGAAAUGAUUAUGUUUUAAGGUAGGAAGAGAAUGACAUAAGCAUUUUGGAUAAAUUUCCUAUGAAAUAGCAGGGAUUCUAUGGUCUAAUGGGAAAUUCUUGAUUAAAUACGAUUCGUGGUGGAUUUUUUUCACAUUAGUUAAAUUCAUACUUUAAAUAUUGUAGAAUUGGGAUGAAUAUCAUAUGAGUAAUAAUUUUCCAUAUGUGGAAAUAUAAUAUCUGAGUAAAAGAUCAAUCUGAUUUUUAAA